GGUUGCCUCCUGAGUGGCGGAGAGAGGUGUGUACUGCACGGCCAACUACUACCGCAAAAUUUAGACUAAAGUGCAAGCGGAUCGAGCUGGAAGGUUAGUCAAUGCUCACGGAACAAAUCCCUAGUGACUUUCUACAGUGCUAUUGUACACGUGAUCGCUUGGAAGUGGAGGAUCGUGGAGUUGUUAGGCAAGAGUCGUCGUGUAACAUGCUGACGCGUGCUUGUUGGUGAAGCAGUGAGUGUCGAUACCGCUAUCACUGGCUGACCCGAAUCAGCUGAUUCGAGAAACAAGGCCGGCCUGGCUGCAGUCUUCUACGAGCUUUAUUUUCAACUGUGCGUGAACUAGUCGCCUCGUCAGAUCAGUGUUGGCAAGAACGUCGUCGUCUGCUCGUUUAGAUCUGCCCGUUUGUGACAGUUUGUGUUGCAGAAAACGCGAUUUGAAUGGCUGACUCCUUUGAGUUUGAAACUAGAGAUGAUGAAGCUAUGCGCUUUCUGUUUGGGGUUUGUCAGCGUGACCCCGGGGCUCGUGCAAAAGCCAUCCAGAGAGUACAAGAUUCUGUUGAAUCAUGGAUAGAUGGUUACGGUAGUCCUCCUGUCACCACUCAUAUAGCAGGCCCAACUGGCAUACUGAAUGGAGUGGGCAAGAGGGCGUUCCUUCAAGACUUGCUACCAGGCAUUCUGAGAUUGUCCCUGAAGUGUCCAUUUGACGAUGUACGUGAGAAAUUUACAGAGCUGUUGACUGAUAUUGAGGAGAGAGGCCGUGGAACUGUCAAAGUCCCGAGGACACUCGCACACAUUACCAGCAAGUUUAUUCCCGAGAAGGAGGUUGUUCCCGUCAACACUUCAGACGAACAAACUCAGAUGGUUUUCCUAGCAUCCUUUCUCCAGAACAAUAGACUGGAACACAUUCAUCAGGUGAUGGGUUAUCAUCCUGCUUAUUUGGAAGCUUUCCUCAAGACACAGCACUACCUUAUGAGGGAGGAUGGUCCCCUUCCAUUUGCUCACCGGCAGUAUAUUGCCAUCAUGGCAGCAGCAAGGCAUCAGUGCGUGUACUUGGUCAGGCUACAUGCGCAAGAAUUUUUAAUACAGGGAGGAGACCCAGAAUGGCUUAGGGGCUUCAGUUAUGCUCCUCAGAAACUACAAGAUCUGAAUGAUGUAAACAAGAUUUUGGCCCACCGCCCAUGGCUGCUCACAAAGCAACACAUAGAGAGGCUGACACGUGGCAAUGACACUUGGUCGCUAUCAGAAGUGACGCAGGCCUUGGUCAUCUUGGCUCAUUUCCAUUCUUCUUCGUUCAUCUUUGGCUGUGGCAUUUCUCAGGAGAUUGACCAGGGAGGUUGCACUUUCCGUCCACCUUCCACCAGUGGAGAAGAUUCUGAAGACUACUCCAGUGAUUCAUCUGUGGGUGAACCAAAUGCAAAUACAAUAGAGGAGAAUGGCUUGGAGACUCUAAUGCAAAAAAUGAAGCAGCUGACUGAAGCAGACCAUGAGGAGACGUCACAGGAGGAGCUGAUAAAGCGCUUUGAGUGUGUAGAGAAUCAAAGUGCCGAAAUUUCCGUUCCAACAUCAGCCAAGUUGUCAGCUAAAGAGGAGAUAUUACGAUUUGUGUUGGAUGGGGAAUUUACAUACUCAGACUUUGCAAAAAGGGGAUCACUACCAGAUAUAACAACUUUCCGUGUUCAAGAUUAUUCUUGGGAAGACCAUGGUUUGUCACUGGCCAAUCGCCUUUAUUCUGACAUUGGUAACUUUCUGGACGACAAAUUCAACACAGCCUUCAACCUUACAUACUACACGAUGGGAGACAAUUUCCAAGUUGACACAUCUGCCUUCCGCCAGGCAAUCUGGUACUACAUCCACUGCAUGUAUGGCAUACGCCACGAUGACUAUGACUACGCACAGGUCAACCAACUGCUUGAGCGUAAUUUAAAAGCAUAUGUUAAAACAGUGACCUGCUAUCCAGAGCGCAUUGCAAGAAAAGACUACGAUGGUGUAAUGAGAGAAUUCAAGCAUUCAGAAAAGGUGCAUGUGAAUCUGAUGAUCACAGAAGCACGGAUGCAGGCAGAGCUGCUGUAUGCCCUGCGAGCUGUCAAUCGCUACAUGACAUAGCAGGGCUGUUGGUGGUGCACAUGCAUGGCUUUUACAACGUGGAAGACUUCUUCCUGCUGCUUGCCAACAGUGUGCCCACAGUGCCACCUGAAGAAAUCAAAGUGUUUUUUCUGGAUUGGUCUGGUGCCGAGAAAAGAAUGCACUGGAUGCCAAUGCACUGGGAUUGGAGCCUUGGAUGAACAAGUGAUGACUUUCUUCUCCAGAAAAUGAUAUUUAAAAGAUGUGGGUCUUCAGUGGCACAGGAGGUUGGCAGUAUGCACUUGGCUGCUUGCUUCUAACACAGGUUUCUGUGAUGAAGCUGCAGAUGUCCAUGUAAAUUUUUUGGUUUGUUUAACUUUAUUUAUUUUUUUUUUUUGUUUGAAUGGAGGAGCUUGCUAGAAGGAGCAAUUACCUUAUUACACAAUCAUCUGGGCCCUGCUGCAAAACUGAGAUUUAUUUUUCACCCCUUGAAUCUGUAUCCCACCUUUGCCUCCUUUUGACAACAUUAACAAUUUUACCUAAAGCAGGCAAUGGAGCAUGCUUUGGGGAAUCUGUGAUAUCAGUGAUGCACUUGAAAGGAGUAUGUGUAUCACAAGCACAGCCAUUGAAUGAUGGAAUCCUUCCCAACUUGGAUUUCCCUCUUCGGCUGACUGGAGAGGGUAAGAUAUUUUGGUGAUAUAAAAAACAUUGAUGCCAUUAUCUGGCAACGGGUGAAGAAAUUUACAAACUGGAGAUUUGAGUGUGCUGAUGCAUCAUGUUGGAUGACAGAAAAAAGUAUUUGAAGGCAAAGGGAGAGUGAGAAUGUUUACAGCACAGCAGUGUCUUGAAUUGUCUACGUGAGGACAUUUUUUUUUUCUUUGUACAUUCAUGCAUGUGUGAUGCUUGGCAUUUUGUAGAGUCAAGCCAAACGUGGCAUGUCCAAUCUCCACACAUCUGAGUCUGCUUGUUGACAAUUCUGGAACAGCGUGCUUAUAUAUAGUGUACAGAUGAUGCUUAAAUCCCUGAAGUCUUUCAGCUGGGGUGGUGCUAUGGUUUGAAACAAAAACAACAAAUAAUCAUAAACAAUAAUUUGUGACAUUGUGGAAGCUGGCAUGGUGAAAAGCAUCGGACGUUGAAGGGGCAACUGUUUACCAUUAUUUGCUGACGUUUAUUCUCCAGCAUAUUAUAUUAUCACCCCAAAACUAAUGUGCGUAGCAUGCAUUUUUGAGUAUGGGGCUAAUGUAUCAUUCCAAGUUAGUAAAGCAGUGCUUUGAAUUAUGACUAUAAACCUGUAUUCACCCUUGUGGAUCUAGUCCAUUGAAGUGGGGGAAAAGGGCUUCAUUAUUGGAGCUUUAUGGUAAAACUGCUUUAACAUUUUUAUUGCAUUUCAUUUUUGCUGCAUCAAAGCUUGCAUGUUUAAAUUAGUCCUGAAAGUAAAUUUUUAAAUGUUUGUUUUGUCGUUAAAAUGUUUCUAACAUUAUUAAUUUUUACAAAGCUAAUACAGUAAAUUGCAGUUAAGAAAUUUACAACAAAGAAGUAGAAAGUAUAAAUGCUGAGAUCGAGGGGAGGGACUGUCUAAAGAUCCCGAGGGUGCAGUUUUUGGUUCCAAACAUGAGAGUUCUGCAGUAGUAAUGUACUCUACAAGUUAAAUCUUCUUUCAAUGAAAUAAUGUGAUGACAAUCAGCAAGAAUUUAGCUUACACAUCCAUUUGUGUUCUGUAAACAUUCGGAUUAUACAGGUAAUUGUUUUUCUUUUUAAUCAGUUGUCUGCCAUUCUUCAACAGUUAAUAGCUUGUAGUAGAACAGUUGUAGUAAAGACUUCAUGUUACUUUUUAUGUGCAUUAGGGUUUUUUUUCUUUUUCAUCAUUGCCCAUAAGGCUAUCUUUCAAAUGUUUACUUCCAACAUGGCUGCUGUCUUCCAUCAAUUACUGCUUGUUUGCUGUACCUCAUCAAAGGAUUGUUCAGAUUUGCAGCCUUUCUAGUUAAAAUUUCCCAUUUUGGGGACAAUGGGGGUGGGGGUUGAUAGGUUCAACACUCUAGUUUUAAUUUAAGGCAGUUUUUGAGACAACUAUCAAAAUUUCAAGUCAUCUUUAAAAAGAGUUCUUUAGGUACCAUGUUUAAUACACAUUUAAUCUUACCUAGAUCACUUCAACAGAUAUAAACCAUUCGAUAAAAGCCAACUAAAAUAUUUCCAGAUUUUGGUUUUUCCUUGUUUGAUGUUUAUAAAUAAAGCAUUCGUAGUUUCAAUAUUUUUAAUUUGCUUAAUUGUAGAAAAGGGGAUAUUGAAGAGGAGUGUCUUUGGCCAGUGCACUUUAGCCUGCUCACGCUUACUGGUGCUAAGUAAGAAGAAAGUAUUUUCAAUGGUAUGUACAUUUUUAAAUGAGAUAUGCUACUACAAAAGGUCUAAUAUUUUGGAUUUCCAAGCUUCCUAAAAAUCAUACUCACCAAAUAUCAAUGUACUUCUGCAUGGAUUCACAUUAAGCAUAACUGAUAUAUGUUUGUAGUUUCUCUAAAUGUUGUGGGCACUUAAGAAAUAUUCUGAUGCUAAUCUGAACACUACUUUUUAAAGAAAAAAUUCCUCAGGAAGAGGACUACCGCAGUUUGCUGCAUUUAAUUUUAGAAUGCUGCACUAAAGUAAAAAUGGAAGACUUUUUUUGGUAUGAGUACUAUAAAUCUGUUUCUUUAAUGUGUGUAAGUACCAGAUAAGAGAUGUCAGCAACUUGUUGAAAAUUCUUACAUUGUCUCCCUAAUCACCCCAACAAAUAGGGCAUUUGUUAUGUCUGUUGAUAUUGCUAUUACUGCUCACACAGCUGUGAGCUAGGGCUUACAGCUGUUUAAAGCAGGGAUUAACCUAUUCCCCUAAAAUUUCUUAGGGUUUUUUUUUUGGAAGUAUAUUGUCACAGCUAUAGUAUCUAAAAUGUCUUGUUACACCUUACUUUCCUUACCCUUCCAUGAAGUACCCUAAUGAUUUGCUCAUUCUCUGAUUAGAUCCUAGAAGUGCCUAUUAACAUUAACUAAUCACCACUGUCAGCAGAAGAAUUUUAAAAACGUGUUUAUACAGAUGUUUGAUAACAAAUGUGGUGCUUUGUGUUAUAUACAACAAAAGUGUAUGCACGUUAUGUUUCGCUCAGCUCCAGUUAAUCUUGGGGCUGUUUCUAGUUGCAUCAUUCAUCCAUCUUGCCCCUUUGCAAUCAUUGCUCUGGGCAGGACCAAGCAUCCAAAGCUUGACAUCAGCUGGAAUGUACUCUUGGGAAACCACUGACGAAUUUCUGCUUGGCAGUCAUUUUCACCUUUUUUUCAUUUUUUUUUUUUUUAAUUGUGAUCUGCUGACUUGAUUUCAGCUGGGAGCUUCCCUAGCCAGUAGUAGGUUUGUUUUAUUUCUUAACAGCAGAUGGUUUCUCUUCUGUCUUAGAUGUAUGAAAAAAUUGUUCGAGUGUGCAUUUUUUUUUAUUAUUUUGUAGAUGCAUUAUUUGGAAUCCCUGCCUUGGUUGUGAUGAGUAUUUGAUCAGGCUUGUCCAGACGACGGGCUUUUGAAACCUCCCACCCCUAAUGUAACCUCUUCUCAACAUCCUGCAGCAGUCCCCCUCUCGGAUGCACACAUCUGCUGCUGUGUCAGCAUGGUGUGUGCCAACUCAGAUAACAGUAGCGCGGAUGCUGGCUCCUGUACCAUGCUGCAGUUUCCAGGUCCCAUUCACGUAGUCGACAAUAGGUCGCCAGCCUGGUCGGCGUCGCACGUGAUCAGUUUGUAAGAGAAUGGCUACAGGCAACCUCAUACUCUCACCUGUCCAGGUGGACAGUGCGUACUGACGGUCAGGUCAGGAUCAGCUAAAUUUUUAACUUUUUCCCCUCCCACACGCAUGCGCAAUGCUUUCAAGUGGUGGCGAUUUUUAAGUUGCGGAGACACCAGGUACCCAAGCUUGCUUCCACUUUGAUGAACCUAGGGAUAUAUUUUUGAAUUUCAUUUCUGUGAAGUCUUUCACCGUGCGCGUGUUGUCAUGACAUUUCCCCCCGUUCCUCCUCCCUCCCGCCUCUGGGUGUCCUUCCUCUGAGCGCCUGUGACAACGAACUGAGUGUUAUUAUUUUUUUUUUUUUUGUAAGUUGAGCUCGAAUACAACAGAACACAAUGCUACUUAACACGUAGCUGUUUGCUUGUAAGAACCAUUGUUUGUGCGUGAUUGAGAGAGAGGAAGGUGUAGAUGAGCGAUGAGUAACAAUGCCAUUGUAAGAAAGGCUCACGUGUGCAACUCUUCACGAUUCACGCUGUGGACACAGCACGCCCAUCAGAGCGAAGUAUUAUGUUUGUAGUGGCGAGCGAGCGCUUUCAGUACGUGGGACACGCAUACGAACGGACUGUUGACUAAACCGGCCGAGGUUUAUGUUACUACGAGCUUCAUCAGUGCUGGGAGUCCCCUUCCAUUUUGUACGUCAACGUUGUACUGUGCGUGUCGAGGCCACUGUUGUAUUAAGUGCUGACUGUAAGAACUUUUUCUUACGUUUGUGAUAAAAAGCUUGAAAUAAAAACAGUAAAAUAUGAAAAGUAAA